AUGGAACAUGAGGGCAGCACAAGUUCGAGACGAAAUUCGAAUGGAAAGCGGUUUGUGAGAAGAGCUAGAAGAUGGGCUGAACUACAGCAAAGAAGGCAGGAAAAGAAGCAACUGGAAGAAUCGACGUCUUUGCCGAAAGAGCAAAAAUGGCGAGUUCCCGAUCCGCCAAAUGUUUAUGACUAUGUUGAAAUGGCAACAAUGGGAAGUGGAGUUGUCCUAAUUGAUGAACAUCAUAAUUAUUCACUUGUUACCGCCGAAGAAAGUCGGAAACCUCAUUUGGGACCACGAAGAUCAUAUCCAUGCACAGUUUUACAUCCACGACGACAUUACGGGUUUGCACCACCGCCAAAUUAUCAUUAUUAUACUGAAGCGAUUAAUGAAUACGGAAAUCCAACUUUUAUAUCAGUCUAUCAAACGGGUCCACAAAUCACUGUAUAUAACAAUAACAACAAUAACAAUACUCGACGAACUGUUUCAACAUCUGAAGAUUCUUUGAGCUUGAUUACUCAUGAUUUAUCUAAUACUAGUAUUUCUGACUCGAGUUCUUCACCAACAACUUCUUCGUCGGAAGAAGAAUUGUUUGGAGGAAGGGCUCCAAGACUUGGAGGAAAAUUGUUUAUUUCUAAACCUCUAUAUAUUCCACCUGAUUUUAUUGGUUAGUUUUUUGACUUUUUUUGAUUCCGGACGUAUUUUUCUCUCUAAUGAACAUAUAAAAAAUCGAUGUAAAAAACCAAAACUUGAUAAUGAAUAGAUUGCUAUCUAGAACAUGUUCCUGUCGGUUUCUAUUUCAUGAGUUAAUUUUGUGACUGAAAACCGGAUGACUAUGAAUGUUUCGUAGAUUUUUGCCAAGUUCCCAGCCAGUACGAAAAUGUCUGGAAGUUUGUAUUGUCUCACAAUUUUUCAUGAAUAUUGAUUUUUCUCACCCAUUGAGCUUUGAUUAGCAGAAUACAGUAGAAUUCUUCAUGUUUUGAUCCUUUUCAAUCCAUUGAUUAACCAGGAAGAAAUCGGUUAAUUAUUCUUCGCUUGACUUGCUAAAAACACCUUUUUUUGUCUAUUAAUCCGUCCAUUCUUCAUCUUCGAUUGAUCCGAAAUAAAUAAUAGCUUAUCAAAAACAACAGUGUUCUUUUCUUUUUUGGAUUUAUCUCUGUGAGGUAAUCGAAGACGAAGCGAAAAAAAAGAAGAGAAGAUGAUUACGCCAUUCGAAUGGCACUUUCGAUUGAUGAGGGAAAAUGUUUGCCAUUUGUAGCAUUAUGUUGUGUUGUGUUGGUUCGGCUUUCUUUUUUUGUCUUAACAAGUUUUCGUUCGCUUUUUCUUUUUUGGUUGGUUAUGAGAGAUGAUGGCCUUCUAUGGGAGAGGAGAAGGAGGAUAAUAAUGGUUUAUGAUGGGGAAGAUGGUCAACGGUGUUUUAUUUGGAUUUGGAAGAGGGAAAUUUUGAGGUAGAUUUUUGAAAAACACGGAAAUUUUGUUUGCAAUUUUCACAAAAACUUUCGUUAUGUGGUCAACAAAGUUUAUCUCAAGUCUAUAAAAUUGGUAAUUUCUCGUAAUUCCCCGAAUCUCGCUUCUAACUACUUUUACAAACUAAAGUUUCCAAAAAUAGCCCCCAGGUGAUUUUUGUUCACAUGAUACUACAUAUUUUCUGCUGUACUCUAUGAAUAGAUUUUCGCCUGCUUCCAACAUCUGCUAAAAUUCUCAAUGACCUUUUUGAGGGGACCACGAGUUUCAGGGACUAUUGUUUUUGUGAAUCAUUCAUCAAAUAUUCAUAUUCGUUCAAUAGUGCAAUUCUCGUCGUCCUAUUCUAAAAAUAAGAAAAAAUUCCAUCAAAAGUGAUGAAUAGGCUUAAUUUAUCGCGUGUGGUAUCCAUGGAUAUUUUUUGAUUGUUUUUUGUUUCGCCGCUGCGCAGACAGAUGUCGAAUGGCGCGCUGAUGGCUCAAAGAGCAAUUCACGAUAUGUUUGCACACGGUUUCGGGGAAAAUAAGAGAAUAGUUGUUUUUAUUUAGAACAAGCCAUUGAUUUUUCUCAAAAAGGAUAAACUUUUGCACUUUUCUUCGCAGACAGUUAAUGUAUUCAGUCUUGUUUACUGAAAUGAAGGGGACAUGAACAAACAAUGUUUUUCUAUUUAUGGAAAUUUUUGGAAACAAUUUCCGGAUGACCUGCUGGUGGAGAACUUGGGAAUGAUGUCAUUGCGGAAAUUUGAGCCUGGAAUUUUUGAGUUAGGUGGAAUAGAUUAUGUAGAUUUGGUGCAUUUGAGAUUUUUGGAGGGUUUUCCCUGGGAAAAGACAAUUUGGCUCUCUGGAAAAGCUAUAGGACAGAAAAUUCCGAAAAUCCAAAAAAACAACAAAUCGUCUUGUCCUGGAUUUUCUUUCUUUCUCCUCGUGACGAUCUUUUGGAUUUGUCUUCUCCUUGUAAACACACUAAUAAUAUAAAUCGUCUCCUUUCUCCAUAUUUGUCUAGUGUUUGAAACUUUACACAUAUAUAAAUAUCUAUGUAUAUUUGUCAUAAAUACAAAAUCCUCCUUCUUCUUCUCGAAAUCUUCUUCGACCACUUCACUUGAUGAAAAUGACGUUCCCACAUUUUGCUGAGACCCUCUUGACACCGAAAAAAACCAUGGUUUUGAGGAGAAAUCCUUGUGUUAAAUGAAUGACGUUCAUUUUGAAAUGUGAACAAUGUGAAAAGUCAAUCAUUUUAAUUGACGAAACUUUGACAUACUUUUCUUCCUGGAACUAUUUAUUUUGACCUGUUGGGAAACAAAGUACCAAGGAUUUUCUUUGAUGGAAAAAAUGUUGCCAAAUUUGGAAUGCACUAAUUAAAAAAGUAUUCAAUUACAUCGCACAAAAUAAUUAAAAUUGGGAUCAAAAUACAAACUUUAGAUCUGAAAAUUCGAAUGGAACAGGGAAAGCUUUUAGAUGUUUUACAAAUUCAGAUUUUGAAGAGUUAUGACAUGGCAACUUUUUAGGUACGAUAUUUUCUAUAAAUUCACAAGUUGAUGAGAAAAGUUUAUCUUCAAGAAAAAUUCCGCAAAAAAUAAUUUGAACAAAAAUAAUUGUAUAUAAAAGUUUUAAAGAGAGAGAACAAAACAAAAUUGAAGAUUUUUCAAAAUUUUAAUCUAUUUUUUUUUCAGUAAAUACCGCGCCACCACCGGAACGAAGUUGGGUUAUGCUUCGACACGCGGAUCCGGAAAGGCCAAUAGGUUGGUUUAUUUUUUUCAAAUUUUUUUGGGCUUCAAAAAAUAAUGACACAAGGAAUCCACCCAAGAUGUGCUUAUUUUUAGCCACAAAUAUUUUUUCUCAACAAAUCUGGGGGAGAUUUGUUUUAUUCAUGAGCCCUGAACAAGUGUAUGUAUGUAUUUGAUUAAUCUUGCUCCGCCGCGCGCGCGCCUUAUAAUAUUCAUUAGCUCUUUUUUUUGGAUUAAAGAUUAUGGAUAUGUGUCACACGGGGGAAAAGGAGAUUAUGGGAAUAUUUUUAGACUUGGUGUAGAUUUGUGUUUUGAGAUUGGGAAAAGAGCAAGGAAUGGAUGUUGAGCAAAGUUUUUGGAUUGAGAAAAUUUAGAAGGAAUUUGGGGAAAAUUUCUGAAAUUCUCAAUAGCAUUUGUGAAUUGUGAUCUAGAAUUUUUGCAGCGAAAAAAUUCGGGAAUUUUGAUUUCUCAGAAAAUCUAGCCAAAACCCCGAAACUAGGAGAUUUCAGAAAAACAUGGUUAAAAUUUUUUGGCAAAAAUUCAAUUUUUCAGCAACAUUCACCGCAUUGUGCUACAAUGUCCUUUGUGACAAAUACGCAACAGUCAAUCAAUAUUCGUAUUGCCCAUCUUGGGCGUUGAACUGGGAAUAUCGGAAGACUCUAAUUCUCAAAGAGAUUCGAACCUACGAAGCUGAUAUAAUCACAUUGCAAGAAGUCGAAACCGAACAAUUCCGAACACUUUUCCAACCGGAACUCAAAAAUCUCGGCUAUUAUGGCAUUUUCACACCGAAAUCGCGCGCCAAAACAAUGCACGAAGAAGAGCGAAAAUAUGUGGAUGGAUGUGCGAUUUUUUGGAAAACUGAUAAAUUCGAAUUGGAACGACAACAUGUUAUCGAAUUCACGUCGUUGGCCAUGAAAAAAGCGUCGAAUAGUGAGAAUAUGUUGAAUCGAGUUAUGCCAAAAGAUAAUAUUGCGCUUUGUGCGGUUUUGAAGAUUAAGGAUAAUGUUUAUGCAAAUAGUGAGUUUUUAGGGGAUUUAUAGAGAAAAUCUGAAAAUUAAAAAAAAACUGAAGAUUUUGUCAAAACGUCAAAAUUUGAGCUGAUAAAAAUUAGGGGUUUUUUGACACCAAAAGUUUGAAAAUUCAACAUUUCCGACCAUUUUUUCUUCAAGAAAAUUUAAGAUUCGGAAUCUGAAAAAUUGCUAAAUUUGGCCCAAAAACUUCGGAAACACAAUUGAUUUACAAUUUUAUCUGAAAUCCAUAUUUUCCUAUGAUUUUCUGUGAAUUUAUAGAAUUUUCAAUAAAAAAUUCCACAGCUUCAAAAUCUGAAAAAAUUCAAAUUUUUCAUGAUUUUUGUUAAUUUUUGAUCAAAACAAGACCCAAUUCCUAAAAUCAUGUUUUCUUACAGUUCCUGGACGUGUAAAUAAUAUCCCAGUCAAUGACAAUGUUGUCGGAAAUCCUCUAGUCGUCUGCACAGCUCACAUUCAUUGGGAUCCCGAAUUUUGCGAUGUCAAACUUGUACAAACAAUGAUGUUGGCAAAUGAAGUGUCACGUCUGCUCGAUGAUGUCUCGAAGAAGUUCCAAAUUCAAACCCAACAAUGUCCAGUGUUGAUUUGUGGUGAUUUGAAUUCGUUGCCCGAUUCGGGAGUGUUUGAAUAUUUGUCACGUGGACAAAUCUCGCGAAAACAUAUGGAUUUGAAAUUGUUCCGUGAAGAUCCGUGCCUCGAGAAGUUUACGACGUCGACUGAUCCGAAUUUGAUUACACAUCCGUUGAGGUUGGAUUCGGCAAUUGAUCAGUUGGCUAUUCCAUUCACUAAUUAUACGUGAGUUUUUUUGUUAGGGAUACAGUUUGAAAUUUGAAAUUUGAAUUCCGAUGUUCAGAUUCAAAAAAAAAUUUUUUUUUUUGUCGAAUUUUCAGUGAACCCUGAUAAUUUCCAGUUCAAAUAAUCAUUUUUCUCAAUUUACUCAAAACCACGGAAAAUUACGUUUCAAAAAUGCGUCUUCUAAUGUGAAUUGUUUUUCUUGUAAUUGGCGAAGUAACGUUGCUUUUUGGAAAAAAACGUAGAAUGUGUUUUUAUUCGCAAAUUCCCGAAUUUUUGUGUGUUGCAGAAUUAAAAUGUUUUUUUUUCGAUAUUUCAGUGAAUCCCGAUAAUUUCCAGCUGAAAAAUACAUUUUCUCAAUUUUCUAAAAACCACGGAAAAUUACGUUUCAAAAAUGCGUCUUCUAAUGUGAAUUAUUUUUCUUGUAAUUGUUGAAGUAAUGUCGUUUAUUCCGAAAAAUCCACGAAUUUAAUUUUCAGACUCGAUUUCAAAGGAAUGAUCGACUAUAUAUUCUCAACACCGCAAUCGCUGGCUCGACUUGGUGUUCUCGGUUCAUUUGAUAAGAGUUGGAUUCAUAAUAAUAAAAUAUUGGGUGAGUUUUUUUGGGUUGGAAAAAGCAAGUUUCUGUGUAAAAAUUAGUAUAAAAAUGUCCAGAAAAUUUGAAAAACUACGAAUUCGGUAUAGUUAUGACGUGGCAAAGUGGAAACAUCACAUGCUUAUGAUUAAAAAAAAUUGUUCAUGUAAAAUUUCAAAUUUUAAUCUAAUAUUUUAAUUUUCAAAAAAAAGAGGUUUUUAGUAAUUCACGAAAAAGUUUUAGAAAAAUCAAAGCUGCGCAAAACCCCAACCAAUUUUCCAAUUUCCUAGGUUUUCCUCAUCCUCACGUGCCAUCCGAUCACAUUCCAAUAAUGGCUCAAUACGCCAUAAUUCCAACAUCACAUCAACGAGCUCCACCUCCACCACAAACCUCCUCCACCAAUUCGUAUUCGGGUGUGAUUGGUGGCGGUUUGCCAUCACAUCACUCAUUUUUGCGAUAA